UACAGGCAGGGGGAGGUUGAGGGAGGAGAGCAGUGUGUGGAGACGUAAGGAGGAGAAAAAGCUAGUAAACCUGACAAAGCGUCUGCGUAAAACACUGCGAGGAGUGUCGCCAAAGAGGACGCACGCUGAUGGAUUUUGCAUCGGACAUCUGUAUUAUUGUAGCUCCUAAUCCUACGUCCAGCUUUAAACUGACUUUCUUUUGACUUGACAAGUGCACAGCUGGAUUGUUGUUGCGCCCCUGGAAGAAGAAACUUGGUGACGAGGAGGAAAGUUUCGGGGCAACUUUACUGUGCGUUUUUCUUUUUAAACCUCGCUUCCACGGAUAAAACGCGUAAAAGUAGGAAUUCUUUACAUGGCAGUGGACUACUCUGCGAGUCAGACUUGGAAUAUAUUCUGUGAUUUGAUCUGAGUGGAUUAGUGAACGCCAGUCAGAUUUUCUUUUUGGAGCGUCGAGGAGUUGGGAGACAUUCCUCCGUCUGGAUUGAGCCCAUGUUCUGUCCUCCCUUAUUCGUGCAUGCCAAAACAGAGCUCCACGGUUUUACUCCACUUUGCCCAGGUGAUCGGGUGAAUUCCAGUGCCUGACAGUCCGCCCCGGCAGCAGUUGAUGGUUGGGCGGACCCCCUCAGAUGGGAUCAGUGUCCAGGGGGCGUCGGAGAAGGGGGGUAUGGGGAGCGCUGGCCCCCUCUAACGGGAUGGCCUCGUGGGCCUGGCUUCUGGCUGCCGUCCUGCUGUCCCUGUUGACUGUCAGCUUGGCCCGGCCACCCCUAACCGCCACCAAAGAAGAGGAGGCCACUCUGGAACCUGAAGAGGCAUCCAACCAAUAUCAAAUUUCUAAGCCCACGGUGUGCUCUGUGCACCCGGGGGAGGUGUUGAAGCUGAGCUGCCCUCUGCCGGCAACGGGGACCAUCAUCUGGACCAAAGAUGGCAGCUCUCUGGGCACCAACAACCGCACACUGAUAGAGCAGGAGGUGCUGCAGAUCCGUGAUGCCACACCCAAGGAUUCGGGGCUGUAUGAAUGCACCAUUGUGGGCAAAGACACGGUCUGCUUCAUAGUCAAUGUCACAGAUGCCAUCUCUUCGGGGGAUGAUGAGGACGAUACGGACCGAACAGAAGACGCAGGGGCGGAUGGAGAACAGCUAAGCGCCCCAUACUGGACCUCGGUUGCAAAGAUGGAGAAGAAGCUGCAUGCAGUGCCAGCUGCCAACACAGUCAAGUUCCGCUGUUCUGCAGGAGGCAACCCCCGGCCCAAGCUGCGCUGGCUUAAAAACAGCAGGCCUUUCCGCCAAGAGGACCGCAUGGGAGGUUAUAAGGUACGAAGUCAGCACUGGACCCUUAUUAUGGAAAGUGUGGUUCCAUCGGACAAAGGCAACUACACCUGCUUGGUGGAGAAUGAGUUUGGAACCAUCAGCCACACCUACACCUUGGAUGUUGUGGAGCGGUCCCCUCACCGGCCCAUUCUCCAAGCUGGCCUUCCCGCCAACAUAUCGGUCUAUGUUGGAGAAGAUGCCCGCUUUGUCUGCAAAGUGUACAGCGAUGCCCAACCUCAUAUCCAGUGGCUGAAGCACAUCACACAGAACGGCAGUCGCUACGGUCCCGAUGGGCACCCUUAUGUCAAAGUGCUUAAGACCGCGGGUGUAAACACCACAGAUAAGGAGAUAGAAGUUCUCUACUUGCCCAAUGUAACAUUUGAACAUGCUGGGGAGUAUACGUGCUUGGCGGGUAAUUCUAUUGGGAUCUCCUUUCACACUGCUUGGUUGACGGUGCUUCCAGCUGCAGAGAAAAACGUGGCGCCAAUUUCUCCCGAUUAUGUGGAGAUCGCAAUUUACUGCGCAGGCGUCUUCCUCAUCGCCUGCAUGGUGGGCAUCGUGGUGGUGUGCCGCAUGAGGAACACAACCAAAAAGCCGGACUUUAGUGGCCAACCUGCAGUUCACAAACUGAGCAAACAGAUCCCCCUGCGCCGCCAGGUAACAGUGUCAGCUGACUCCAGCGCUUCCAUGAACUCCAACACGCCGCUUGUUCGCAUCACCACGCGGCGGAGUUCUGCGCACGAUGACCCCAUCCCUGAGUACGACCUUCCUCAGGAUCCGCGGUGGGAGUUUUCCAGAGACAGGUUGACCCUGGGCAAACCGCUCGGUGAGGGCUGCUUCGGCCAAGUUGUAAUGGCAGAAGCUCUUGGCAUUGAUAAAGACAAACCCAAAGAGGCUGUAACUGUUGCUGUCAAGAUGCUGAAAGAUGACGCCACCGAAAAGGACUUGUCUGACCUGGUGUCAGAGAUGGAAAUGAUGAAGAUGAUCGGUAAACAUAAGAACAUCAUCAAUCUGUUGGGGGCCUGCACGCAAGACGGCCCCCUGUAUGUGAUCGUGGAGUACGCCUCCAAAGGUAAUCUUAGGGAGUACCUCCGAGCCCGCCGCCCCCCUGGAAUGGAGUACUCCUACGACAUUGCUCGCGUCUCUGACGAACAGCUCACUUUCAAAGAUCUGGUCUCUUGCACUUAUCAAGUGGCACGCGGCAUGGAGUACCUUGCAUCCCAAAAGUGUAUACACAGAGACCUGGCAGCCAGGAAUGUCCUGGUCACAGAGAGCAACGUCAUGAAGAUCGCUGACUUUGGUUUGGCCCGCGAUGUCCAUAACAUCGACUACUAUAAAAAGACAACCAAUGGUCGUCUUCCUGUCAAAUGGAUGGCUCCCGAAGCGCUUUUUGACCGGGUCUACACUCACCAGAGUGAUGUGUGGUCAUUUGGGGUGCUUAUGUGGGAGAUCUUCACCUUAGGGGGCUCUCCGUACCCUGGCAUCCCCGUGGAAGAGCUCUUCAAGCUGCUCAAAGAGGGCCAUCGCAUGGACAAGCCCGGCAACUGCACCAAUGAGCUCUAUAUGAUGAUGAAAGACUGCUGGCACGCCAUCUCAUCCCAUCGACCAACCUUCAAGCAGCUUGUUGAGGAUCUGGAUCGCAUUCUCACCCUCAGCACCAACGAGGAGUAUCUGGACCUGUGUACCCCCACAGAGCAGUAUUCUCCAAUCUUCCCCGACACUCGCAGCUCCUGCUCCUCUGGCGAUGACUCUGUCUUCUCACCCGAGCCCUUACCGGAUGAGCCGUGUCUCCCCAAGUAUCAGCACAUCAAUGGCAAUGUCAAAACAUGAGCUCCCCGCCUGAAAACCUAGCAAAGAGACCUCUUCUGAAAUUCUUCCAGCUUUCUAGCCCGCCCCAUUUUGUCCACUCUUCUGGCUUCUGGCUGACUUAUGGACCCUUUUGGGACCAGGCUGGCAGCAGGGCCGUUGCACUGCCAAUUGCAUGCACUACAUCCUACGUGACCCCGUGUCUUAAGAAGAGGAUAGGGGCCCGACACAAGCUGAGCUUUUUUAGAAUGGAUUAGGUGACAUUCUCCAGGGCCCUUAUUUCUCAUUUUUCACACUAACAGAGACAUCUUUAAAUAUAUAUGUGUACACAGAGGUUUGGUAUGUACAAUUUUUGGAGACCCCAUUCCAGUGGCUGGCAUUCCAAGACGUUUAUUUACUCCCGGAGGAAUGUAUGGACCAAUAUAAACUUUAAGAAGAGGAGUAAAAAUAGGAAAAGGACCAAGAUUUGACUAACAAAUGCGAGGAAGAGGAGAGCACACGUAGAAACUGCUUUCCUGUUUAUUUUGUAAUAUUGAUGCCUUUCUUUUUCACUUCUCUCUUCCAAUUAUUCUAGAGAAAAAAAAAUACACUAUAAUGUGUAGUUCUGGGUAUAUUUGUAAAUAUCUUCAAAUAUGUAUAAAUAUAUAUUAUAUAUUUACAUUGAAUUAUUUUUUGUAUGGACUCAAAAAUAAAAAAGGUACUUACCCCACCUCACACCACUCCCCUCCACCCAACUUGGAGCAAUAGGCAGGUUUGCACAUAGCCUCGACUCACAAAACACACACAAACACAAUCACACACAAACCUAAAAAAAAAAAAAAAAAAAACCUGUCUCACACUCACUCAGUAGUAACACAUGGUUAAGUAUUGGCUUUCAGGGACUGAGGUUGCAUGUUAAUUUAUUGACUUGUGAUGUUUGUAUUAAUGAGUAAGUCUGGAGAAAGAACAAACUCAAUAUGAUGUUAUUAAUAAUGAAGAUAAUAUCUAAGUAAUCCUUGAAAUGUAUGGUAAUUUAAAAAUGAUCUCUCUGCAGUAAUGGGGAUAAAUGGCUUAUUUUUUAGUGGGUUUGACAGAACCAUGUUUUCUAAGUUUUAUAUAUGAAUGUGAAUAUUAAGUUAAAUUUUUGAAAAUUUGUACAUUUUAUAGCAAGCUAAUUCUUUUCUUAUGUAGACCUUGAUGGCAUUCUCUAUCCAGACCUUUAAGCCUUUCUUAGCUUUACUUUAGGAAGUGAAGUUCUUUUCUGAAUUGACUGCUCCAAGUGUAAAGACACACUAAUUAUCCGCUGCCUUUUUUUUAGAUUCAACCUAGAACCCAACUUACCUUGACACAAUCAAACACUUAAGAAGUAUAAAAUCAAUGUGGUUUUCUUUUCUUUUGGACCAACAUUAAGCUGUUCUGUUGCAGAUGUACCUGUCACAUUUGCAAAUAAAUAAUUAAAACCGCA